AUGAUCGGUGCGGUUGCUGUUUCAAUUGUUGAAAAAGCGAGCAGUAGAGAUACGGCAAAUACACUUUCCAUCAUUUGGUCAUUACUGUUUCCCACUUAUAAUUUAAGUCUUUGCUUUUCGAAAGUUUAUACAAACGAGCACACGCGUGAAGCGUGCAGAACUGUUGACUGUUCAGUUGAAGAAAUCCAACGGUUUUACGUUAAUAAUAUGUUGAUAAGUACGGACAAAAUGGGAAUGGCAUUAAUGAUUGUAUUUUUAUUACUUCAUUCCAUCAUUUUUUGGCUGGCUAUUGCUGCUUAUGAAACAAACUUUAUUGGAACUGUUAAACGAUGGUUGCGAAAAAGUGCCAAGACAACUAAUAAGAUAGCAAGCAUAGAAACUUUUCAAACUUGUUCUGAAGAUAUGGAUGUAAUGAUGGAAAGAGAAAAGGUAAAUAAAAUGAAAAAUAGUGAUGCUUUAGUGAUCACACGCAAUCUCGAAAAAUGGUAUGGAAAGCUGAACGCUGUCAAGAAGAUCAAUUUUCAUGUUGCAAAAGGCGAAUGCUUUGGUUUAUUAGGUGUAAAUGGAGCUGGUAAAACAACAACAUUUCAAAUGUUAACUGGUGAAAUUGAAAGCUGUGCGGGUGAUGUUUACAUUCACGGAUUCAAUAUCCGAACUCAAUGGAGAAAAGCAUAUGAUCAUGUCGGAUACUGUCCACAAUUUGAUGCAAUUAUCGAUGAAAUGACCGGUCAGGAAACGUUGCAGAUGUUUGCACGGUUACGUGGGGUCAGGGAGUGUGAUGUCAUGGGAAUAAUUGAUUCGAUUAUUCAUGCUGUUGCACUUAAUAAAUAUAGAAAUAAUCUGAUUAAAACAUACAGAUGA